AUGUUGCGGUGCGGCGGCGACCGCGUCGUCAUCGUCGGCGGCGGCAUCGCUGGCGCCCUCCUCGCCAAGACGCUCCAGGCUCACGCCGACGUCGUCCUCAUUGACCCGAAGGAGUACUUCGAGAUCCCGUGGGCGAACAUGCGUGCCAAGGUGGACCCGGCGGCGGUGGAGCGCACCGUGAUCCCGCACUCAGACUACCUCACCCACGCCAAGGUCGUGACGGCCUCGGCGGUCGGCGUCGACGACUCCGUCGUGCUCACCUCCGUCGACCGCACCGUCGGCUACGACUUCCUCGUCAUCGCCACGGGCCGCAACUGCACGCGCCCCCAGAGGCGCUCCGACCGGCUCGAGAUGUUCCAGCGCGACAAGGAACGGAUCGCCGCCGCGGGAUCCGUUCUCAUCAUCGGCGGCGGGCCAAUCGGCGUCGAGCUCGCGGCGGAGAUCGCCAUGGACAGCCCCGACAAGCACGUCACUCUCGUGCACGGCGGGCCGCGGCUGCUCAAGGUCAUGGGCACCCGCGCGUCGGCCAAGGCGCUCGAGUGGCUCCGCUCCAAGAACGUCACCGUGCUGCUGGACCAGACCGUCGACGUCGAAGACCUUGCAGGCUCCGGCUCUGGGGAAGACGGCAACGGCCGGGUCUUCACGACGUCCGCCGGCGAGACAGUGACCGCCGACUGCCACUUCGUGUGCACAGGCCGGCCCGUGGCCUCCGGGUGGCUGCGGGGCUCGUUCCUCGCUGACCACGUAGACGCCGACGGACGGCUGGCGGUGGACGAGCAUCUGCGCGUGGGCAGGCUCAAGAACGUGUUCGCCAUCGGCGACAUCACUGACGUGCCGGAGGCGAAGCAGGGGUACCUGGCGCAGCGGCAAGCCAUGGUGGUGUCCCGGAACCUGCGGCUGCUGCUCAAGGGCGCCGGCCUGGAGCACAAGCUGCACCGGUACAAGGCCUCCAAGGCCGCCAUCACCGUCACGCUCGGCCGCCGCGACGCGUUGUCGGAGCUGCCUUUCAUGACGCUCAUCGGCCACAUCCCCGGCGCCGUCAAGCCGCGGGACCUCUACGUGUCGCGGACGCGAAGGAUGAUGGGGCUCAGUUGGAACGGCUGA